AUGUCAAACGACAAACAAGGCAAAGGAUCGGAUAGUGUCCCAUGGGACCAGCGUCUUCGGUCAAAGCCACAGUGGAGGGUAUGGAUUAAUUAUAUAAAAUCGGCAGCGGUCUCGGAGGGAGUUUGGCAGUAUAUGGACCCGGACCUGUCAGACGACGAGGUUAAAACACUGCCAAAUAUAGAGGACCCUCCUACUCCUGAGAUAGUCAACCCUAACGUCUCGGACAUUGCAGAUCUUACCGAUAAGGAGUAUAAGAGAUUCAACCGAUACACUACCCACAGUGUCGCCACAGAGCAUCACUCUCGCCUGGUUGGUUGCCGUAAUCCGAGGGAGAAGCUUCUGAAACUAAAGGAGCACUUCGCACCAGAGGAAGAUACACGGAGAGAAGAACUUCGCCAGGCAUGGAGAGAGAUGAUCCGAUAUAAGCCGCGAAGCACUGUUAUCGAUCAGUGGCUUAACGGUUGGACGAACUUGUAUGAUGAAUGCAAGGCAGCAGACGUCCUAGACGUGGUUUAUCGACCAAAAGACCCUAUCCGAGACUUCCUCAGGUCAACAAGAACACUCGAUGAGUUCUUCUACUCCACUUAG